CCCCCUCUCCUAUCUGUUCUUCGCCCUCUCUGACAUGUCUCCGGACAGCAGCGAAGAAGAGCCUGAGGAUGAGCAGGAGGAGGAUUUUGCGCAGUUUCAGUUUGGGUCCAGGUAUACACCGCUGCACAGCCUGUGUGUGUUCAGUAGACUCACCGGCAUGCUUCAGCAGUGUGACAAGCCUAGCCACUAACCGCUGAGGUAACCCCAGGGUGAUGGUCAAAAGUAGUGCACUAUAUAAGGAAUAGGGUGCCCUUUGGGGCGUAGCCAGCGUUUCACCACUGCAGCCCAGCUGCUGCAGGCACAGGCUGAGAAACGUAGAGGCUGUAAACGCUAGCAGAUUUUACGGGCCCUCAACUGUAGUUGAAGCUCAACCUUAGAGAAGUAGUUCAUGUCAGUACAGAUCAAGGCAGGGUGCUCAGCUUUGUGGUACUGGUGAGCUGGUCUGAAUUGCAGUUCAUUAAAUACAAAUAUUAUGACAAGGCUAGCAUUGCAGUUAGUAGCAUGAUAUCAGGUACUCAAGCACUAGGAUCUUGGAAAUCACCAGCAUGAGUUUGGCCCAGGAUUGUAAUUUCCCUGUGAAUUAGGCCUGUCAUGUACUGUAGCUCAGAUUGCCAAUUUCUCUAGCUCUCGGAUCAAAUUUGUGAUAUGUGGAAAGGAUCCAAAGUUUAGACUGUCUGUGAAGACCAGGCAAAUAAGCCUUGGAAGUGCAUGUCGAAGCCACUGUUUCAUCUUUCUGCAAACAAUGUUCAGAUAAAACCCAAAGACGUCAACAGGUUUGAACGUGUCUCAGAUAGUCUGUUGCUGCAAAUGCUGCUUGCUGCAGCCCGGAUAAACGAUCUGCUAGAUUGAAAGUGCAAGUUCUCCACCAAUUUCACAAGACAUUCAGUUCCCUGUUCUGUGCACUCAAGUCUCUGCUAGAAAUCUGUCAAGCAGCCUUGGGCAGAAUAAUUAUCCACAAUAUUCCUGCAGUCACUAAAAAGUUAGUUUGCUGCGGUAUUGGCAGAGCAUUUUCUGCAAUAUAUGUGCAACACAGCCCUAGUGUCUCCUAGUGAUAGUUUGUCACAAAAACCGGUAUAAAAUACUUUAAACAUUUUUUUAUUAACUUUUAGUGUCUGCAACUGUAAAUAACAUGACUAAUGGUAUAGCCAGAGGUUUGUGGUGGUGUGAAGCUGCUCACAGGUUACCCACCGGUCUGUCUUCUGAAACAGACCACUAGCAAUGCAUUAGCUUAGACCCCAGUGAACCCAUGGGUGUGGUCAAUGGAUAUCUCUGUAGAAUCCAUUACCUGGGUUGUGUUCAUUAAGCACCAGAUGGAAGAAAAUGGACUGAAACAAGCCAGGAGGGAGCGAGCGACUACAUGGAGUUGAACAAAAAGAAACACAAAUGUUUGUUUUACUUCGCAAAACAUUGCAAAAGGUUUUCCGUUGCGUGCAUUAAUGAACACGACCCAGCUUUAAGCUUCAAACUGCUAUUGAGGGAGAUUAUUGAAGGAAUUUUGUCAAAUCGAAGAGUUUAGUUCACUCAAGAAUUGUGGAUUCAAAAUGCUGAAACGCUGCGUUGCAAUACUGUCGCUAACGUUUGACAUUUCUUUCAGGAGAACUGGAAGGGUCGCUUAUUUACCGCAUUUGUCCACGUGGCUUGUUUCUUACGGUGCCCUGGUUCUUCUCCUAUUGUCCUGUUAAAUGUAAUGACUUUGUCUCCCUCUGUUUUACCCUCCCUCCCUCCAUCUCUCUGUGUAGUCUGGGUGCGUCUGGAGGGGGAAUGGCCUCGGAAUCCUGCGGCGACCGCUUCUCCAUCGAGGCGUGCAAGGAGACGGAGAUGCUCAACUACCUCAUCGAGCGCUUCGACAGUGUGGGCAUGGAGGAAAGGAAGGCGCCCAAGGUAAACUGGAAACACCCCAAACAUAAAUGGCUCCCCACCUUAGGGAUGACCCGUAUCUACUCAUUUGGAAGUAGGGCUGGGAAUUGCCAGGGACCUCACGAUACGAUAUUAUCACAAUACGUAGGUGCCGAUAUGAUAUGUUCUGCAAUUCGAUACAGCGAUUUUAUUGCGAUGAUGUUCCAAACAUAUUGCUCACUAUGUCUGCUGCAGAGAGAAAAGAGGCCGCAUGAGAAAAUUAGUUUUGAUCAGUCAUGGAAAUAAAGGUGCUGAAAACAUGUUGGUACACUAUUAAAAAAAUGAUGUAGAACAAGCUAUAGGAUGAAAAAUACCGGAGUUUUGGCGCAGGUACAGCCCACUAGUGCUAGCUAACUGUACUUAGCACCACAUUUUUAUUUUAUUAUUUUACAAAUCAAUACUUGGAGUCAAAGUAACAUCGUCCAAAAAUAAUAUAGCGAUAUGUAACUGUAUUGGACCCCCCCCCCCCAUCACUGUUUGAAGCAUUUGGAAUCUUAGGCAGAAUUUUUCUUUCUGAAACACCAUUUGAAGAUAGUGUCCCCAAACAAUACUUACUUUUCAGCCAUGCAUGGUGUGCUAUGCCUAAGACCGCAGGUUGUAGCAGAAAUGUCCUGAGAGAAGGCAAAGUUAAAUUUGCAUGUCGGAACACUCUUUUCUGUUAAAAUUUGUGUUAUUUAAAAGAGAGACGGAUAUGGACAAAACACAUGAACAUAAACCUCUCGCAACAGCCAAUUGAGUUCAAAGAGCCUGACCACAAUUAGGGCUGUGGCGGUCAUGACAUUUUGUCAGCCGGUGAUUGUCAAGCAAAUAACUGUUGGUCUCACGGUAAUUGACCGUUAAUUAACAUAAACAUGUUUAGCAUCUCCUGGCUUCCACACAUAGCCUACAAGCCACUGAUGCAGACCUUUUGGAACAUCUACAUUUAAAAAAGUAUUAUAAAUCCAUUUAUUAUAGCCUACACCAUCACAAUAAAUCCAUUAUUUAUUUUAGACAGGUCUGAAGAAACAUGAUAUGAAGAAAAUUUAGUUUAUUUCAAAAGAACAGAAUAGCAUACUCUGAGUUGUCCUUAUGUUAGGCCCUGAUCUGGCUAUGCCAUAUGGCUGUGGGCUACACUAGUUCAUUCAGCAGACAAGAGUUGCUUAGAAUUCCGUGGCAUUAUUUUACAGUAUGAAGAAUACAAUUGAACAUAGCUGAUUAAAAUAGAAAGUAUAUUUUCUCAAAACAAUUUCUGAGGCAGUGCGCACAUGCGGCUAUUCUGUGUUGAGCGGUUAACAAAGAAACAGGUCCUCCUAUAUGCUUAAUUUAGAGUUAUUUAUGCAAAUGUAGUUGUGAUAUAAACGUUGGGCUAUAGGUUUAGAUUUUUAAUACAUUCUGUAGGUAAUUGCUUAGCCUAAAGAAAUGUUGCACAACAUGAGCUCAUGGGCUCUCGUGAAGUGUUUGAUUUGAUUUUCAAAUACAUUUGCAUUGAUGUUGGAGUGAUAAGAGGGACAAUAGUGCUGAGUACCAGGCAGUUGGCAAGUUUGGUAGGCUACUAAUGACCAUCAGCAGCAUCAGAGCACAGUUUUGGAGAAGCCUAGUUACCAUGACUAAACAGUCACGUGGAAUUUGACUGCGGUCAUGAUUUGUGACCACCGGUGUGGUGGUAAUACGGUCACCGUAACAGCCCUAACCACAAUACCGCUCACGAUGAGAGAAAGAUCCACUCCUCUGUGACCAAAUUAUGAUUCGGCAGCAGAAUGUGGAGACGGGGUCACCUUGACAGCCCUGAUGGUGACAAAACAAACUUAACUUGUACUUCUCUCUCCUUCUCUGUCUUCUCAGAUUUGCAGCCACCCCAGUGUCAGCCAGCUCCUCAGCAACAUACGCUCACAGUGUAUUUCCCACGCCGCUCUUGUCCUUCAGGGCGCUCUCACACAGCCAAGGUCAGUCUGACACCUUCCUGUCACCUUCUGUGACCUCUCACAAUACUGUGGUCAUAAUACAGUCAUUUCUAUUAUUCUGUACAUCAGUGUUUCCCAUGCCAUUGAAUAGGAGUGUCUAGCUGUUUAGCUAUGUUGCCUGCUUGCCUGUUAGUUUCAGAUGACCCAUAUAUUUUAUGUAUUUUUUUUUUGGUGUUAUUUCAAUUCAAAACUAUUUCGGCAAGUGCAAAUAGAUAUAUAUUUUUUAAAGCCCAAAUAUCCACUCAUAGACACAUGGAAGAAAGCAGCAAUUAACUUGUCAAUUGACAAUUAUGAUGCCUGACGGCCUGGAUGUUGCUUUCGCCUUGAAAUUAAACUAUGGAAAAUACAUGUUUUGUUCUUUUGUCUGCUAUUUCAGCACCCCAAGCAGGUGCUACUAUUCCAGCAUCAUAGCAACCCUAGCACAAUAGCAACUAAUCUAUUAUUCAUUGGGUUCACAUAUCCACAUAAUUUUGCCAUGUCUUUUACACCUUUGCUCCCCCACUCUAGUGUUUCCUCUCACCAUGCUCUGAGCAUGUUAGUUAGCAUGCAUGCUCUACCACUUGUUAAAGGGCAGAAUACAAGAAUACGAUGCAAGAAUUUGGUACAAAAAUAGGUUUGUUCCUCAAAAUAGUAUUGGCCAGGUGACUUGUUCAAGGUAUGUUGUGUGUCUGAGUAAAGCCUAAUUCAUACCCUACGCAAUACGCAUUGCAAGAAUGAAAAUUAGCUACACAAAAUGCUGAUCUUGCAUAGGUGCAAGCGUGUGUAGCCUCACAGUUUAGUAACUCGGCGCAAUCAAUCAAUACAAUUUAUUUAUGAAGCCCUUUUUACAUCAGCAGAUGAUACAAAGUGCUUAUACAGAAACUCAGCCUAAAACCUCAAAGAGCAAGCAAUGCAGAUGUAGAAGCGUGGUGGCUAGGAAAAACUCCCUAGAAAGGCAGGAACCUAGGAAGAAACCUAGAGGAGCCAGGCUCUGAGGGGGUGGCCAGUCUUUUUCUGGCUGUGCCGGUAGAGAUUAUAAGAGUACAUGGCCAUUAAGGCUAGAUUGUUCUUCAAGAUGUUGAAAUGUUCAUAGAUGACCAGCAGGGUGAAAUAAUUAUCACAGUCGUUAUAGAGGGUGCAACAGGUCAGCACCUCAGGAGUAAAUGUCAGUUGGCUUUUCAUAGCCGAGCAUUCAGAGAGAGAGUAUUUGUAUUUAUUAGGGAUCCAACACAUUAUUACACAUAAAACAAAAAAUAAAACAGUACAUCAUAUAACAUUAUUACACCACUACAUAUCUACAAUACAGUAUAAUAGCACCAUACAACAAUAUUGCACUGUAUGUGUGUAGAGUGCGCAUGCUAGCGCCUGUGUGUGUCCACAGUCCCCGCAGUUCCAUAAGAUUUUUAUUUAUCUGUUUUUUAAAUCUGCAUCAGUUACCUGAUGUGGAAUAGAGUUCCAUGAAGUCAUGGCUCUAUGUAGUACUGUGCACCUCCCAUAGUCUGUUUUGGACUUGGGGAUUGUGACGAGACCUCUGGUGGCAUGUCUUGUAGGGUAUGCAUGGGUGUCUGAGCUGUGUGCUAGUAGUUUAAACAGACAGCUCGGUGCAUUUAUCUUGUCAACACUUCUUACAAAAACAAGUAGUGAUGAAGUCAAUCUCUCCUCCACUUUGAGCCAUGAGAGAUUGACAUGCAUAUCAUUAAUGUUAGCUCCCCAUGUACAUUUAAAGGCCAGCGGUGCUACCUUGUUCUGAGCCAAUUGUAAUUUUCCUAAGUCCCUCUUUGUGGCACCUGACCACACGACUUAACAGUAGUCCAGGUCCGACAAAAUUAUGGCCUGUAGGACCUGCCUUGUUGAUAGAGUUGUUAAGAAGGCAGACAGCACUUUAUUAUGGACAGACUUCUCCCCAUCUUAGCUACUGUUGUAUCAAUAUGUUUUGACCAUGAGUUUACAAUCCAGGGUUACUCCAAGCCGUUUAGUCACCUCAACUUGAUCCAUUUCCACAUUAUUCAUUACAAGAUUUAGUUGAGGUUUAGGGUUUAGUGAAUGCUUUUAGUUAAACUGGAUCAGCAGCCCGGCCAGGUGGACUGGGGACGAGGACAGCCAGGAGUGGCCAGGUAGUCCUGUGGCAUGGUCCUAGGGCUCAGGUUCUCCGGGAGGGGAGAGAGAAAGAUGGGUGAAUUAAAGAAAGCAUACUGAAGAUCACACAGGAGAAAUACACCAGAUUGGACAGACUGACCGUAGCCCCUCGGCACAUACACUACAGUGGCUUGCGAAAGUAUUCACCCCCCUUGGCAUUUUUCCUAUUUUGUUGCCUUACAACCUGGAAUUAAAAUUGAUUUUUGUUUGUAUCAUUUGAUUUACACAACAUGCCUACCACUUUGAAGAUGCAAAAUAUUUUUUAUUGUGAAACAAACAACAAAUAAGACAAAAAACAAAACUUGAGCGUGCAGAACUAUCCACCACCCCAAAGUCAAUACUUUGUAGAGCCACCUUUUGCAGCAAUUACAGCUGCAAGUCUCUUGGGGUAUGUCUCUAUAAGCUUGGCACAUCUAGCCACUGGGAUUUUUACCCAUUCUUCAAGGCAAAACUGCUCCAGCUCCUUCAAGUUGGAUGGGUUCCGCUGGUGUAGAGCAAUCUUUAAGUCAUACCACAGAUUCUCAAUUGGAUUGAGGUCUGGGCUUUGACUAGGCCAUUCCAAGACAUUUAAAUGUUUCCCUUUAAACCACUCGAGUGUUGCUUUAGCAGUAUGCUUAGGGUCAUUGUCCUGCUGGAAGGUGAACCUCCGUCCCAGUCUCAAAUCUCUGGUAAACUGAAACAGGUUUCCCUCAAGAAUUUCCCUGUAUUUAGCGCCAUCCAUCAUUCCUUCAAAUCUGACCAGUUUCCCAGUCCCUGCCGAUGAAAAACAUCCCCACAGCAUGAUGCUGCCACCACCAUGCUUCACUGUGGGGAUGGUGUUUUCGGGGUGAUGAGAGGUGUUGUGUUUGCGCCAGACAUAUCGUUUUCGUUGAUGGCCAAAAAGCUCAAUUUGAGUCUCAUCUGACCAGAGUACCUUCUUCCAAAUGUUUGGGGAGUCUCCCACAUGCCUUUUGGCGAACACCAAACAUGUUUACUUAUUUUUUUCUUUAAGCAAUGGCUUUUUUCUGGCCACUCUUCCGUAAAGCCCAGUUCUGAGGAGUGUACGGCUUAAAGUGGUCCUAUGGACAGAUACUCCAAUCUCCGCUGUGGAGCUUUGCAGCUCCUUCAGGGUUAUCUUUGGUGUCUUUGUUGCCUAUCUGAUUAAUGCCCUACUUGCAUGGUCCAUGGGUUUUGGAGGGCGGCCCUCUCCUGGCAGGUUUGUUGUGGUGCCAUAUUCUUUAAAUUUUUUAAUAAUGGAUUUAAUGGUGCUCUGUGGGAUGUUCAAAGUUUUGGAUAUUAUUUUAUAACCCAAACCUGAUCAGUACUUCUCCACAACUUUGUCCCUGACCUUUUUGGAGAGCUCCUUGGUCUUCAUGGUGCCGCUUGCUUGGUGGUGCCCUUUGCUUAGGGGUGUUGCAGACUCUGGGGCCUUUCAGAACAGGUGUGUAUAUAUUCUGAGAUCAUGUGACAGAUCAUGUGACGCUUAGAUUGCACACAGGUGGACUUUAUUUAUCUAAUUAUGUGACUUCUGAAGGUAAUUGGUUGCACCAGAUCGUAUUUAGGGACUUCGUAGUAAAGGGGGUGAAUACAUAUGCACGCACCACCUUUCCGUAUUUUUUUUAAAAAACAAGUUAUUUUUUUAAUUUCACUUAAAUUUGGACUAUUUUGUGUAUAUCUGUUACAUGAAAUCCAAAUAAAAUCAAUUUAUAUUACAGGUUGUAAUGCAACAAAAUAGGAAAAACGCCAAGGGGGGAUGAAUUAUUUUGCAAGGCAUGACCAAAAUUAUGUGUGCACCUGCUCAUCGAUCAUCUCAUUCAAAAUCAUGGGCAUGAAUAUGGAGUUGAUUCCCCCUUUGCUGCUAUAACAGCCUCCACUCUUCUGGGAAGGCUUUUCAAUAGAUAUUGGAACAUUGCUAUGGGGACUUGCUUCCAUUCAGCCACGAGCAUUAGUGAGGUCGGGCACUGAUGUUGGCGAUUAGGCCUGGCUCGCAGUCGGUGUUCCAAUUCAUCCCAAAGGUGUUCGAUGGGGUUGAGGUCAGGGCUCUGUGCAGGCCAGUCAAGUUCUUCCACACCGAUCUCGACAAACCAUUUCUGUAUGGACUUCGCUUUGUGCACGGGGGUAUUGUCAUGCUGAACAGGAAAGGGCCUUCCCCAAAUUGUUGCCAAAAAGUUGGAAGAACAGAAUCAUCUAGAAUGUCAUUGUAUGCUGUAGCGUUAAGAUUUCCCUUCACUGGAACUAAGGGGCCUGCACCUUGGAAAAACAGCCCCAGACCAUUAUUCCUCUUCCACCAAACUUUACAGUUGGCACUAUGCAUUGGGGCAGGUAGCGUUCUCCUGGCAUCUGCCAAACCCAGAUUCGUCCGUCGGACUGCCGGAUGGCGAAGCGUGAUUCAUCACUCCAGAGAAUGUGUUUUUACUGUUCGAGCUUUACGCCACUCCAGCCGACGCUUGGCAUUGCGCAUGGUGAUCUAAGGCUUGUGUGCGGCUGCACGGCCAUGGAAACCCAUUUCAUGAACCUCCCGACUAACAGUUAUUGUGCUGACGUUGCUUCCAGAGGCAGUUUGGAACUCUGUAGUGAGUUGUUAGACCGAGGACAGACUAUUUUUUACGCUCUACGCGUUGUUACUUGAUUUUAUACACGUCAGCAACGGGUGUGGCUGAAGUAGCCGAAUCCACUAAUUUGAAGGGGUGUCCACAUACUUUUGUAUAUAUAGUAUAGACUAUUGCAGCAUAGAUACUGGGAACUGAGACGGGGGGGGUCGGGGACACUGUGGCCCCGUCUGACAAUACCCCUGGACAGGGCCAACAAGGUAACCCCACCCACUUUGUCAAAGCACAGCCCCCCACCACCAGAGGGAUAUCAACAGACCACCAACUUACUACCCUGAGACAAGGCAGCGUAUAGCCCACGAAGAUCUCCCCCACCACACGAACCCGAGAGGGCGCAAGACCAGGCAGGAAGAUAACGUCAGUGACAACGCACUCAAGUCGAGCAUAGCGAAAAAAAUGCUGGCAAGACCUGAUGCACCCCUUCUGGGACGGCUUGGGAGAGCACUAGCAAGCCAGUGACUCAGCCCCCGUAAUGGGGUCAUUAUUAUUAUUAUAAUUUUUUGGUUCUAGUCAAGAUUCUAGCAGAUGUAUUUAGGACUAGUUGAAGUUUAUUUAGUGCUAGCCGGAGAGUAGAGCAUUGCAAAAUCAUGGAUUAGCUUUUCUGCCAAAUAUUUUGACAGUUUCAAAUUUUUGCAAUGUUAUGAAGAUGGAAAAAAUAUGCUCUUGAAAUAUUUUUGGUAUGUUCGUCAUAGUAACUCAAUGCUUUUAGUAACUUGACGCAAACAUACGUACAAUAUAAAGUAGGCUUUUGUUAGAAUGCCUGUUCUGCCAAUUGUUAAAUGGUAGAAAACAAGGAUACAAUGCACAUUUUCUUAUUCAAAAUACACUCCUAAUUUGCUUUCAAAAUAGUGUUUGGCCAUGUGACACGGGCCAGGUAUGUUGUGUGUCUGCGUGAAAGCGUUCCUCCUCCCCUUGCCUCUCCACUCAGGAGCCCCCUGCAGCAGUCCCUGCUGGUGCCCUACAUGCUGUGCCGAAACCUGCCGUAUGGCUUUAUCCAGGAGCUGGCCCGCAUGACCCACCAGGAGGAGGUCUUCAGACAGGUGGGCUCGACCGAGAGACAGACAGACUGACACACAGAUAUACAGAGACACACACAAAAACGAUGCUUUUAUUUGUGUGACAUUGUUGUCCAAGCUUGUAGACGGUAAGGCUGAUAAUUAAAAGGUCAAUUAGAAAACAUUUGGUAAUUGAGAAUUCGAUCAAUUAGUCAAACACUUGAGAAAAACCAUGUGAAAUGCAGAAUAUUUUUUUCCCCUAUUAUACCAAGUUCUCCUGUACAUUUCACCAUGUUGAUUUUCAGCUAUGUUUACUGUGGUGCAAUCCUCAUUUGCUCACAUGCUCUUCUUUGUCUUUCAGAUCUUCGUUCCAAUCCUUCAAGGGCUGGGCCUGGCCGUGAAAGAAUGUUCCUUC